AUGCCCAUCAAUAGAACGCCACCGCCUGUGUCUCAAGGAAAUGAUAAUGAGGCAGGCCACCCAAUUCAAGAUGAUGACCAAAACGAGCUGCAACAACACCAGCAGCACAAGGAGCUGCAACAACAUCAGCAGAACCAGGAGCUGCAACAACAUCAGCCGCAGCAGGAGCAGCAACACCAUCAGGCGCCACGAAAUAAGACACCAAAGGCCAGAAGGAAUCCAGCAAAGUGCAGGAUUUGUGGAGAAGGGUAUAACCAGGAAAUGGUGUUCUGCGACGGGGUAUGUAAACAUUGGUAUCACUAUAUUUGUGUAGAUAUAAGUCGUAGUCAGGCAGAAAUUAUUUCUAAGUGGUUUUGCGAGGAGUGCUCAAUAUUAAAUCUGAGGAAAAUUGAUGCACUACAUAUAAAACUAAUAAAUCAGAUGAAGGUAGUAGAAAAAAAUGUUCUUGAGAAAAAACGUAAAACAGUUAUAAAUAAUUCUUAUAAGAAAUGGUUAGGGUUUAAAGAGGAUUAUAUAAAUUUGAAAGGAUCAUUUGUAGAUAGCCAGGGUGCUCCGCUUCCUGAGCCCAGGUUAGUUUCUGUUGGUUCGACAGGCUUGCACAAUGAAUCGGAUAGACGUUCAGUGUCCUCCAUAAGCAGUUCGUCAACACAAAGAAAUUUGCGUUUGAAUCUUAUUCAACAACGACGUGACAUACUAAGGGAACAGCGAGACAAUCUACAAAAAGAGCAAGAACUUUUGAAACGCCAAGAAGAACUCAUUGACGAAAUGUCAGAAAGCGAGGACGAUGUGGGAUGGAUCAAUGACGAGGUGCCCAUCCGUAGUAGUAGGAACCAAGCUAUGAACCCAUCGGCACCUGCUUUCAAACCAUCAUCUACGACUGCAUUUAAGCGAAUACCUACACCAAUGCUGCAUCAACCAACCGUAUUUGAACUUCCAACACCACUGAGCCAGAGGGAAUUGGCUGCCAGGAAGGUUUAUAGGGAACUUCCAACCUUUACUGGCAAUCCUGAGGAGUGGCCACUCUUCAAGAGAAUGUUCGACCAGUCCACUCAAGCUUGUGGGUACAGCAUUGACGAAAAUCUUAUGCGUCUCCAACAAGCGCUAAAAGGAAGGGCACGGAACCUGGUUUCCGGCCAAUUAGCAGAGCCAUCGUGUGUACCACAAAUUAUAAAAUCUUUAGAAAUAGCGUUCGGCCAACCAAACGUAAUUUUAGAAAGUCAAUUAGAAAAAUUCGCUAAACUUUCUGUAGUCAAACCCGAUAAAUUAGAAUCCAUCCUAGAGUUUUCCACUGCUGUAACAAAUCUCAAUGCGGUGAUGAAGGCUUCGGGACUCGCGAGCCAGUAUGAUAACCCACUUCUUCUUAAAGAGUUACUCAAGAAACUUACAAACGAUAUGAAGAUGAAGUGGGCUACGUUCUCAAUGGACAGGGAAGUUAAAGGUGUUAUUGCGUUCGGUUCCUGGUUAGAGUUGGAAGCAAAAAAGGUGUAUGAAGUACUUCCAAUUUCUGAGUUAAGUAUUAGUAGGAGGGAAGUUGUUCAUAACGAAAAGUCGAAUAGCAAAAGUAGGGUCAAUGUUCACAUCCAAGCUAAACCAUAUUCAACCUGUUUAGUAUGUGCAAGCCAAUGUAAGAGUCUAGAGGCAUGUGAUGUUUUUAAACAAAUGUCUUCUUUAGCCAGGUGGGAAAAAGUUAAGGAGUUAAGACUCUGUCGCCAGUGUUUGACUGCCCAUGCAAUUAAAUACCCUUUUGUAUGUAAGAAGGCAGUCAAAUGUAGUUUCACCGGUUGUACGAGAAAACAUCAUCCGUUAAUGCAUCAAGAUGUCAUCAGUACCACACCAAUAGUAGUAACAUCACAGAACAGUCAUACCAAUGAGGGUGACUGUUUUCAGUUCCAGUAUAUACCAGUCACACUUCGUAAGGGUGACAAAAGGGUUACUACAUUGGCGUUCCUCGAUGGUGGUUCUAGUGGAACAAGAAUAGAAGAAAGUGUUGCAAAUGAACUGGGAUUAAAUGGACCUAAAGUUGUAUUGCACCUUAAAUGGACAGCAGGCGUACGUCGACAGGAGGAUUCUACUAAGGUCUCAAUGGUAAUUUCAGGGGUAUACGAAGGUGCCAAGGAAUUCGAAAUACCUGUUGCUCAUACAAUAAAGGAGCUAGGUUUACCAAGGCAAACCCUAAAAUAUGAUGACCUUGCCAGAGUACAUCCUCAUCUACGUGGGCUUCCAGUUAAUUCUUAUAUUCAAGAACAACCAAGGAUAAUGAUAGGCCUAAGCGACUGGCAUCUUGCUGUUCCUAGUAGGACUCGACUAGCUGAGUGGAAUGAUCCUGUGGCAACAAAGUGUAAGCUGGGAUGGUCAGUGUUUGGUUCAAGUAGCUCAUCCAAAAGCCAGAAUAUAAAUUACCACAUUGAAGAGUAUUCACAUCCAGACGAUGAAAACUUGGACGAUAUGAUGAGGCAUUUCUUCUCCGUGGAUAGUUUGGGAGUAAAAAUACCAAAAUAUGACCUGAUAUCUAAAGAGGAAAGUCGUGCUAAGAUGAUAAUGGAUGAGACAACAAAAUUCGAUAAAAAUCGUUUCGAAACCGGCUUACUUUGGCGCUACGAUGAUCCUGUACUUCCAGACAGUAGACCCAUGGCCAACUUCAGACUUUUGUCACUGAAUCGUAGACUGCAGAAGAAUCCAAAACUGAAAAGCGAUAUGCAAAAUCAAAUCGAUGAUUACAUCAAGAAAGGAUACGUCCGUAAGCUGUCCGCUGAAGAGUUACGACAAAACCACAAGCGAAUUUGGUAUCUUCCAUUGUUUCCAGUGGUUAAUCCGAACAAGCCUGAAAGAUUGAGAGUGGUUUGGGAUGCAGCGGCGAAAGUAAAUGGAGUAUCAUUAAACUCACUUUUACUUAAAGGUCCUGAUGCGCUUCCAUCACUACUAGGCAUUCUUAUGAGAUUCAGGGAAAAUGCAGUCGCUAUUAGUGGAGACAUUUCUGAAAUGUUUCAUCAGAUCAAAAUUUUACCUAAAGACCAACAUGCCUGCAGAUUUUUAUGGGAUGACGGAAAUGGAGAAGCAGUAUACAUCACACAAGUUAUGACAUUUGGAGCGACGUGUUCACCAAGUAGCGCUCAGUUUGUCAAAAACCUAAAUGCCAAAAAAUAUGAAAAAGAUUAUCCAAGAGCAGUUGAAGCGAUCAUCAAGAACCAUUAUGUGGACGACUUGCUCGAUAGUCUAAGAACACCAGAAGAGGCAAUUGCACUAGCCAAAGAUGUCAAAAUGAUUCAUAAAGCCGGAGGAUUCCACAUCAGGAAGUGGAAAUCUAACUCAAGAGAAGUGAUGGCUGCCUUAGGAGAAGAAUCUUCGGAGGUUAGUGACAAUUUUGACCUAGAUAAGGAAACUGUUUAUUAUACCGAAAAAGUAUUAGGAAUGUGGUGGGAUACCAAAACUGAUUCACUUACAUAUUCCUUAAAGUUUAACAAAGGCAACAAAGAUGUUCUUAGCGGUGAUCGUAAACCAACAAAACGAGAAGUAUUACGGGUGAUGAUGUCCAUUUUCGAUCCUCUCGGCUUGAUAGGUCACUUCACCAGCUACUUGAAGGUUCUCAUGCAAGAGGUUUGGCGGUCUGGAGUUCAUUGGGAUGAUGAAAUUGAAGACGAUCAUCAUGAAAGCUGGCUUCGAUGGUUAAAUGAAUUGAAGCAAGUUGAAUCAGUCCUCAUCCCAAGAUGUUACUUAGCUGAAUCAACAUGGGAUCUCGCAGAAACAGAACUUCACGUCUUUGUCGAUGCUAGUAACACCUGCAGUGCUACAGUGGCAUACCUUCGCAUACAGUCAAAAGAUAAUAUUACUUGUUCAUUGCUAGGUUCAAAAACAAAAGUAGCGCCCAUUAAACUUAUGUCGAUUCCACGACUGGAAUUAGUUGCUGCAUUGAUUGGAGCAAGAUUCGCCAAUAGCAUUCGUCAAUCUCUAGCAAUCCGUAUUCAUCGCGUGGUGUUCUGGUCGGAUUCAGUAACAGUUCUGAGCUGGUUAAGAACCGAUGCAAAAUCAGUGAAAGGGCAAUUCGUAGCCUUCAGAAUAGCAGAAGUGCAAGAGAUAUCUAACAUCGCCAACUGGAGAUACGUACCGUCAGAAAUGAAUCCAGCAGAUGACGCGACUAAGUGGAAAAAGGGACCAUCAUUGAACAUGACUGAUCGUUGGAUGCAAGCACCGCAGUUUCUUUAUGAAUCCGAAUUAGAAUGGCCUGAAGAUAUAUCUUUACAUCAGGAACGCCAUCAUACAGCUGUCGAAACAUUACAUCAAACAACAGAGCCAGUGAUUUCAAUAAAAAGAUUUGAGAAUUGGAACAAGAUGUUAAGAGUUACCGCAUUUGUCUGCAGAUACAUAGAUGCCCUAGGUGGUACGACAAGAGGAAACGAUUCCUUUUCAUCACAAGAGUAUCAGCGAGCAGAACGUGUGAUUUUCAGAAUAAUUCAACUUGAGGGAUUGUCUUCCGAAGUUAAUUAUCUUUCAAAGCCAGAAAACCUCAUAUCAAAAAAGAAACGUCCCCAUAGUGCCAGUAACAUAUUCUCAAUGAAACCAUAUUUGGAUGAGAAUAGAGUGAUAAGAUCACUAAGCCGUAUAGACAACGCAAGUUGUUUAAGCUUUAACUCGAGGCGGCCAAUAAUUCUUCCACAUGAUCAUCAUGGGACGCUGCUGCUGGUACGAAACUAUCACGAAAUAUUCCGUCAUAUUAAUCAUGAAACGGUGGUGAAUCAAUUAAGAAAAAAGUACUAUAUUCCGAGAAUACGACAGGUUUUAAAACGAGCUAGAAAACUUUGUAACCGUUGCAAGAUAAGAAUGGCCAAUUCUACUCCACCUGAAAUGGCGGUUUUACCAGAAGUACGAGUUGAAGCAUUUACACCUCCCUUUUCUAACACUGCAGUGGACUAUGGAGGCCCAUUUGAAAUAGUAAAUAGCCGAAAAGUAGAAAAGAGGUGGAUCUGUCUAUUUACAUGUCUGGUAACUAGAGCUAUCCAUAUCGAAAUUGCCUACAGUUGCAGCGCUGACUCAUUUAUACUUUGCUACAGGAACUUUUUAUGUCGAAGAGGGUCAGUGAGAAAAAUGUUUAGCGACCGAGGCACCAACUUUAUCGGAGCUGAAAAAUUACUAAAAACUAGCUUAAAAUCAGUCGAUCAUCAACUUAUUGCGGAAAAGUUUGUGAAUUCAGAACUGGAAUGGCAUUUUCAUCCUCCAGCAUCACCUCACAUGAAUGGAUGUUGUGAAAGGCUUAUAAAAUCUGUUAAGAUCGCCUUAUACGCGGUGAGCAACGUCACAUCAUAUAAACCUAACGAUGAGCUUUUUCGUAGUUUUUUGAUGGAGGUUGAGGACAUGAUCAACUCUCGGCCACUAACCUAUCUACCACUCGACAGCGAACAGUCCGAAGCCAUAACACCUAACCAUUUUCUUCGUCAGUCACCUGGAGGGAUGAUACCACUUGGCAACUUCAAUGAUGAUACAAAGCUACUUAAAUCAAAUCUGCUUAUGUCACAGCUUCACGCGAGACAUUUUUGGAAACGUUGGAUCGCCGAGUAUCUACCUACACUAACUAGGCGAGAAAAGUGGGACAUGCAGACUGAACCAUUAGCAGUUGGAGACAUCGUACUAAUAAUUGAUGAAAGGAGCCCUCGCAACCAAUGGCAAAAGGGAAGAAUCAUAAAAGUCAACGCCACUAAAGACGGUCAGGUACGCAGUGCAACCGUACAAACUGAAUCCGGAAUCUACCAAAGACCUUCAGUAAAGCUUGCUAAGUUGAAUAUAUCAGCGAAGGAAGAGGUACAUUUGUGA